GAGUAUUCUACAAUUUUCUACUAUGAUUGAAGCAUUUUUUUCUCCUUAAUGUGUCUAGUGGCACGUAGUUGCAGCAGCUGAUCAGCGUACAAAUAUGCACAAUACCGUUAAGAGUGGAGACUGCAGUUAUUGGCACACAUAUUUGGGCAAAACUUCAUUGCUUUAGCAAAAUGGUGGUCAGAUUGUUUAAUUGCACAAGAAGCACAUAGAAUGAUAACUAAGUUGGAGAAAAAGUAAAAAAUGUUGUGCUUCACUUAAUUGCAUCAUGAGUAUAUAAGGCAUGCGACCUUCAAUUUGGCAGCAAAACGCAACAAACGUUUCAGCAGUUAAUCAAUAGAUCCAAAAAUGUGGCGCUUACUUUUAUUUAGCAUCCUAGUUGCAACCACACAUAGCGCGCUCGAUACACCACUUUGUCCAGAUGGUGGUGAGCCGGCGUGUGCGAAGAGUGGUUUCGAGUUCAUUUACUUCGAGAACGAAUGUAAACUGAAUGUUUUUAGCUAUAAAGAGCUUUUUGCUGGCCGACCAAGUCCAACUAGAGUUUCGCUUGUGGAAUGCUUCUCAAAUUGCGCUGGAAUCAUAUGUCCAGCGAUAUUCCAGCCAGUUUGCGCGCAGCAAGUGCCAACGGGAACCGUGCAGACCGUGUCUAAUGCCUGCCUAGUGAAUCAGUUGAUUUGUCAGACGAGACAACAAUGGGUAAUCAUCGCCAAUGGUGCAUGCCCGGAAACUGCAGAACCUAAACAGAGCUACUUUGCACCUCUUGACAUUUAUGCUGUGCGACCAUUAGCUUCUUACUCGCCAGCACCUGCUCCGGCACCGGCCCCUCUACCAAGUUACGAGCCUAAAGCGACAUAUGAACCAACGGCAGCGCCAGCAGCAACAAAUUAUCUAUCACAAGCACCAGCAGUACCCGUUGAACCCGUCCAGGCCACAAGCUAUAACGAUCCGACACCUCAAGCUUGUGCUGCUGAUUACUCUGCUUUGGCACCAGAACCAAUUCCUUCAGGUUCUUAUGCUGCACCAGCGCAAGACUCUUUUACCGCACAGAGCCAAACUUUAACAACUAGUCCGUCACCUUACUCACCACCAGCGGUGCCUGACUCUUAUGUAUCAACAGCAAAUCAAAGUCCAUCACCCGGCGAAAAUUCUUAUUUAGCUACCGGUGUAGAUCCUGCUCCAUUUGCUUAUCCAUCUUCUGAUUAUGUUGCGUCUCUGGAACCUGUGCCACCGCCAGGAACUUGUCAAGCUUCUUACAGUCAAGAACCAACACCAGGAUAUGCUUCAAUACUUGCAGUAGAUUCUUAUCUUGCUCCAUCUUCUGUACUAUCUUCAUCGAAUUACGCAGCAUCUGCGCCAGCUUCCGCCUCUGCUGUUUACGAUCUUGCUCCAUUACCUUACUCUACAUCCGAAGCUGCUUCUGCUCCAGCACCACCCACAUAUCAGGACUCCCAUCAACAAUCUCCAUCUGCCUAUGGAUCACCUGCACCCAAUCCAACGGCUUAUACUGCACUAGCUCCAGCACUAGCCCAACCCACUUACGACCCUGUUUCAUUAACUUACUCUAAAUCCGAAGAUGUUUCUGCAUCAGCACCAGCCCAACCCACUUACGAUCCGGCUCCAGUACCACCAACAUAUCAGGACUCCUAUCAACAAUCCCCAUCUGCCUAUGGAUCACCUGCACGCAAUCCAACGGCUUAUACUGCACUAGCACCAGCCCCAGCUACUUGUGAUCCUGCUCCAUUACCUUGUUCUACAUCCGAAGCUGUUUCUGCUCCAGCACCAGCCCAACCCACUUACGAUCCUGCUCCAGUUCCACCAACAUAUCAGGACUCCUAUCAACAAUCUCCAUCUGCCUAUGGAUCACCUGCACGCAAUCCAGCGGCUUAUACUGCACUAGCACCAGCCCCAGCCACUUAUGAUCCUGCUCCAUUACCUUGUUCUACAUCCGAAGCUGAUCUUGCACCGGCGCCACCACCAUAUCAGGAUUCCUAUCAACAAUCUUCUUCUGCUUAUUCAUUAUCUGCACCGAGUCAAACGGCUUACUCUGCAUUAGCUCCAGCACCAGCCCAACCCACUUAUGAUCCUGCUCCAUUACCUUACUCUACAGCCGAAGCUGUUUCUGCUCCAGCACCACCCACAUAUCAGGACUCCUAUCAACAAUCUUCAUCUGCCUAUGGAUCACCUUCACCCAAUCCAACGGCUUAUCCUGCACCAGCGCCAGCUUCAGCUAAUUACGAAUCAGCUCCACUACCUUGCUCUACAUCCGAAAUUGCUCCUGCCCUGGCGCCAUCACCAUAUCAAGAACCCUCUCAACAAUAUCCAGCUACAUAUGCCUCACCUGCACUGAAUCCAAUGGCUUAUCCUGCACCAGCACCGGGACCUAUUUCAGCUUCUUAUGAAAACUCGAUUCAACAUAUAGUAGAAACUCCAUCGUCUUGCUCAUCAUCAGGUCAAUACACCGCGCCUUCAGCUGACCAAGCCAUACAUACCGCACCCAGUCAAUCAGCAUAUUCAGAUCCUACCUAUAGUGAACCAACACCAUCCCCUUGCUCAGCCCCUGAUCAAUAUACCGCACCAGAACGAAACCCUUACGUGUCUACAAACCAAAAUUCUGUACCAGCUCCCAAUUCUUACACCUAUCCUAAUCCAGGUCAAUAUCAUGUCCCAGCCACAGAUCUAAGUGCAUACUCUGCUCCUACUUUAACAUCAUCGCCAUCAAUAAGUGCCUACACUGCGCAAUAUCCGAUACCUGCUCCUGCAUCAAAUCCCGCUAAUUACUCGCCUGCACCAACGCCCACAUCAUCAAAUCCGGCGCAAUCUGCUCCUUGGUGGCCUUCGACUUUUGUAGCUCCACAAGAUAUUUCGGAGGCAUAUCCAGCAGAUAUCGCUGCUUUAAUUUCGAAAUGGAUUGAUAGUAACCCCCUGAUUUUAAAGAAUGGCUUACAAUCUAUUGCUCCCUUUUAUUAUCAGCCUACUUAUACACUCAUCGAAUAUAGGAAUUCGAAAGGUCCACGUUCAUAUUAAAAGAUGACUUAAGGAGUAAACUAAAGUUUCGGCUUAAUUAAUUUUGAAUGUGAUUCUUGUAUGAGUGUAUGCAUUUAGCUGUAAGACUUCCCGACCCAUUGAAUUUGUAUAUACAUACCUAUAAUAGU